CGUGCUGGCCUCCAGAGCCAUGAGACGAUUUGGGAGGAUUUGGAGCACUCUGGAGCGUGUUUUUUUUUCUUAGAAAAGCCUAAUUUAUUUUUAUAUAUAUAUAUUUUUUUUUAGUAGUCGUCCAAAGCAUAUGUCCGAUCAGUGUGUUUACUUAUGUUAUUGCAGUUGUGUUCCCCCUAUAAUUCAAAGCUAAGCGAGUUUAGCUAAAUGAGUUUAGACGAGGAUGAAAAACGAUGAUGUUUUUAAAGUGAGCUCUUGGAUCAUCAUAAUUAACAUUGACCUUUUUUUUUUUUUUUUUUUAAAAAUUACCCCGAAAGCAUACUGUGCUGUUUGCCGGGUCAGAUGUUGGAAGUAAAGCUAUGGAAUUUAAAGCACUGGUAGCUUCUCAGAAGCCAUGUCGAAUAGCAGUCCUCCAAUGUCAACCCCUACCAUGGAUGUGGACUCUCUACAGAAACUAAUUCAUUUGCUCCAGGCCACAGAUGAUCCAUUAAUUCAAGAGCAAGCUUUAAUCACUCUGAGCAACAGUGCUGCCUUCUCUGUAAAUCAAGAUAUAAUCCGAAAUUUGGAUGGUCUUUCUGUUAUUGGAGGGAUGCUCUCCAACUCUGUUCCCAAAGUUAAAGAAAAAGCACUAAAUGCACUUAAUAAUCUGAGUAUGAAUAUUAAAAAUCAGGAAGAGAUACAGGUAUUUAUUACACAAGUUUGUAAGACUGUUGAGUCAGCUCCCCUGAACUCUGAUGUGCAGUUAGCUGGACUCAGGCUGUUGACAAAUAUGUCUGUUACCAGUGACUACCACCAAAAGAUGAUAAACUCAAUUCCAUGCUUUCUUCGUUUGCUUUCAGAAGGAAGUGAAAGGACACAGAUUCAGGUUUUGAAAGUACUUGUGAACUUAUCUGCAAACCCAGCCAUGACAAGACAUCUUCUCAGAGCUCAAGUGCCAUCAUUGGUGUUACUUUUUGACAACUGUAUAAACAGAGAUAUUCUGGUUCGAGCCCUGGUGUUUGCAGCAAACUUGAAAAAGAACAUGAACGAUGAAGAAGGCACCAUAAUUGAGGAAUACAGUGAAGACUCCAUUUUCUUCACACUUUGCACGGACUCUUCCCCCUUCACUCAGAGACUGGCAUCUUUGCUGCAUCACCCUGACACAGAAGUGAAAGAACAAGUUGUGAGAAUAUUAACACAAUAGUGUUUUCUUAGAACAGACUGACCUGAUGAAGAUAUCUAAUCUUGGCAAUGCUAUGCUAAAAAAGCCUAUAACAAGUAAACAAUAUAACAACGAUGGAGAAAAAACCCCCAAAACCCUAAAUCUUACCAUUUUAAUAGGCACAAAUGAGUAUGCAGUGUACUUAAUACAGAGAGCAUAACAGAUAUAUUUUUACAAACAAGAGAAAAGCAAUAGCUAUAUUACUGAUAAACCA